UUGUGUUCCUCCGCCAUUCUCGGGUCGUCUUUUCCAUCUUUCUUGUCCUGUGAGUCGAAUUUUAUAUUAUUUCAAAUUGUAAUUGAAUUUAUUACAUUAAUUUAAUUUGGCUUAUAAUAUAAGCUGUGAUACUUUGCUUCAAUUUGGUAUUUGAUUAAUAAAGACUCAAAUAUACAAAAUGUCUAAGGACAAUUUGAAGACCAUUGCCGAUGAGGAGAAUGAAGAAAGGUUUGGAUAUGUGUUUGCUGUUUCUGGACCCGUCGUAACGGCGGAGAAAAUGUCUGGAUCAGCUAUGUACGAGUUGGUGCGUGUGGGUUACAAUGAACUGGUCGGUGAAAUUAUUAGGCUAGAGGGUGACAUGGCCACCAUUCAGGUAUACGAAGAGACAUCGGGCGUGACCGUGGGUGAUCCAGUACUCCGCACUGGCAAGCCUCUGUCCGUAGAGCUGGGUCCGGGUAUCCUCGGUUCCAUCUUUGAUGGUAUCCAGCGUCCGCUCAAAGAAAUCAAUGAGCUGACUCAGUCCAUCUACAUCCCCAAAGGUGUCAACGUGCCGGCUCUGUCUCGUGUGGCCGAAUGGGAAUUCAACCCUCUCAACGUCAAGACGGGAUCUCACAUCACCGGUGGAGACUUGUACGGUAUCGUCCACGAGAACACGCUGGUGAAGCAUAAGAUGCUGGUGCCUCCCCGUGCCAAGGGAACCGUCACUUACAUCGCUCCCGCCGGAAACUACAAAGUCACCGACGUCGUGCUGGAGACGGAAUUCGACGGCGAAAAGGCCCAAUACACCAUGCUGCAAGUGUGGCCCGUGCGUCAGCCGAGGCCCGUGACGGAGAAGCUGCCGGCCAACCACCCGCUGCUCACCGGACAGAGAGUGCUCGACUCCCUCUUCCCGUGCGUGCAAGGAGGGACCACGGCCAUCCCCGGGGCCUUCGGUUGCGGCAAAACCGUCAUCUCCCAAGCUCUGUCCAAGUACUCCAACUCCGACGUCAUCAUCUAUGUCGGGUGCGGAGAGCGAGGUAACGAGAUGUCCGAAGUGUUACGGGACUUCCCCGAACUGACCGUGGAAAUCGAGGGAGUGACGGAGUCCAUCAUGAAGAGAACGGCCCUCGUCGCCAACACUUCCAACAUGCCAGUGGCCGCCCGCGAGGCCUCCAUCUACACCGGUAUCACCCUGUCCGAGUACUUCCGCGACAUGGGCUACAACGUCUCCAUGAUGGCGGACUCCACGUCCCGUUGGGCCGAAGCCCUCCGUGAGAUCUCCGGGCGUCUGGCCGAGAUGCCCGCGGACUCCGGGUACCCGGCGUACUUGGGGGCCCGGCUGGCCUCCUUCUACGAGAGGGCCGGACGAGUCAAGUGCCUCGGAAACCCUGACAGGGAGGGUUCCGUCUCCAUUGUGGGAGCCGUGUCUCCCCCCGGAGGAGACUUCUCCGAUCCCGUGACGGCCGCCACGCUCAGCAUCGUGCAGGUCUUCUGGGGAUUGGACAAGAAGUUGGCCCAGAGGAAGCACUUCCCCUCCAUCAACUGGCUCAUCUCAUACAGCAAGUACAUGCGCGCUCUGGACGACUUCUACGAGAAGAACUACCCCGAGUUCGUCCCCCUCAGGACCAAGGUGAAGGAGAUCAUGCAGGAAGAAGAAGAUUUGUCUGAAAUCGUCCAACUUGUCGGAAAAGCCUCGCUGGCCGAGACCGACAAGAUCACCCUGGAAGUCGCCAAACUGCUGAAGGACGACUUCUUACAGCAGAACAGCUACUCCGCCUACGACCGCUUCUGCCCCUUCUACAAGACCGUGGGCAUGCUGAAGAACAUCAUCUCGUUCUACGACAUGUCGCGCCACGCCGUGGAGUCCACCGCGCAGUCCGACAACAAGGUCACGUGGAACGUCAUCAGGGACGCCAUGGGCAACGUGCUCUACCAGCUCUCCUCGAUGAAGUUCAAGGACCCCGUGAAAGACGGCGAGGCGAAGAUCAAGGCCGACUUCGAGCAGCUGCUGGAGGACAUGUCUGCCGCCUUCCGCAACCUGGAAGAUUAGAUAAGAAUAGACCCGAUUCAACGUCCCGAUUCCAUACAUCGUUGAAUUUUCAAAUUCUAGAAAUACCAUGUUUGUGCGCGCUCUGUAAAUAUUUCCGAGGUCAACUCGCGCGUUAGUUGUUAUUUACAUUAUGUUAUAUUAUAAUAUAUUAUAUUUAUACGAAACAGAUUUAUUUUGCCCGACUUUUGUGUGAUUUUAUUAUUCGUGCAUUCCACGUUUUAUCGCUUCGACCAGUAUUCAGUAUUAUGGAGCGGAUUUUACUGUAUAAAUUAUUUUUCCUGCUGUUUGAUGUUACGUGUUGAUAGGAGACGAGUUAUUAUAAUAAAAAAUUAACUAUUUAAA